AACUCGACACAAUACGCGAAUCUCAAGUCGUUUUAGUCAGAGGCAGUUGCAGUUGAUUCCCGACGGGUGAACUGAGCGAAAGUAAAAGUGUGAUCUGUUCCAGGCAAAGAAAAAACUAAUUUAAAUAUGUCGAAAAUUGGUAUUAACGGAUUUGGCCGCAUCGGUCGUCUGGUGCUGCGCGCCGCCAUCGACAAGGGCGCCACCGUCGUUGCAGUUAACGAUCCCUUCAUCGAUGUCGAGUACAUGGUCUACAUGUUCAAGUUCGACUCGACCCACGGCCGUUUCAAGGGCACCGUUGUCGCCGAAGGUGGCUUCCUGGUCGUCAAUGGCCAGAAGAUCACCGUGUUCAGCGAGCGGGAUCCGGCCAACAUUAACUGGGCCAGUGCUGGCGCUGAAUACAUUGUCGAGUCGACCGGUGUCUUCACCACCAUCGACAAGGCCUCCGUUCACUUGAAGGGCGGUGCCAAGAAGGUCGUCAUCUCGGCUCCAUCCGCCGAUGCGCCCAUGUUCGUGUGCGGCGUCAAUCUGGAUGCGUACAAGCCGGACAUGAAGGUCGUCUCGAACGCCUCCUGCACCACCAACUGCCUGGCCCCCUUGGCCAAGGUUAUCCACGACAACUUCGAGAUCGUUGAGGGUCUGAUGACCACGGUGCAUGCCACCACUGCCACCCAGAAGACCGUCGAUGGCCCCUCCGGCAAGUUGUGGCGUGAUGGUCGCGGCGCUGCCCAGAACAUCAUUCCAGCAUCCACUGGUGCCGCCAAGGCCGUCGGCAAGGUCAUUCCAGCCCUCAACGGCAAAUUGACCGGCAUGGCUUUCCGUGUGCCCACACCCAAUGUGUCCGUCGUCGAUCUGACUGUCCGCCUGGGCAAGGGCGCCAGCUACGAUGAGAUCAAGGCCAAGGUCCAGGAGGCAGCCAACGGUCCAUUGAAGGGCAUCUUGGGCUACACCGACGAGGAGGUCGUCUCCACCGACUUCCUCAGCGACACGCACUCGUCCGUGUUUGACGCCAAGGCUGGCAUCUCUCUCAACGACAAAUUCGUCAAGUUGAUCUCCUGGUACGACAACGAGUUCGGUUACUCCAACCGCGUCAUCGACUUGAUCAAGUACAUGCAGAGCAAGGAUUAAAUACACCAACUAAUCCACUAAACAACUAAAUAAAUAUGUAUCUGCAUCUACAAUGUUAUCUUCUCAGUACGCACAAACAGGAGGUGUUGUAGCAUUUAACUAUAGAUGAGAAGCAUCCGUUUUAUGCCCACACACACACACGCAUUACCCGAUUACUCAAUAAAUGAAAAACAUAUACAUACACACGUAUAAAAAUGUCACUCAUACAUGCAUGCACAUAUAUAUGCAUGUGUGUGCACCUGUAAUGUAUUUCCAACAGAUCUUCUCCCUCCUGUUUGAUAAACCGCGCAACAACAGUUACAUAAAUUAUAUAACCUAAUCUCGUUACAAAUAUAUUAAAAAAAAAA